AUGAAGGCGGGGAGAAGGGUAAGCAAAGCAACGAAGAAGGAAAGGAAGAGAAGCCAUGAGUCUCGGCCAUGCAUAGCCCUGAUACAAACUAGUUUGGCUAAGGAUCUCGAGCAUGGAGUUGUAGACGAUGGGAGGGAUGCUGGUAUCGCCAUUGUCGAUCGGCCCAAUAAUUGUUUCAAUUCGCUUUCAAGGUUCGGAGUCCAAUUUGAGCCAAAACGCGGAUGCAGGUUGGUGUUAGUGGGAGACGAGAAGGUCAUCAAGGGCGUUGCAGAUUGGAUCACCAACGAUCUGAAGGAAGUUGCUAUUGAAAUCGUUGGAUUAGAUAUGGAAUCGGAGAGAGAGUAUAUGAUGAAAGCUGUUGCGAAAAGAAUGAGGGAUAACAAAUCAGGAGGAUCGAUCGUAUUCAAGAACUCGAUAAUUGAUGGUGAGAGAGGAAUAUAUCCAGGUGCAGCUGCAUAUGGUGCUUGUUUGGGUGGACUUCAUCAGUUGGUCAGAACAUCAACUAUGGACGUGGGGAAGCACCAGAUUAGGGUUAAUGCAAUUGCUCGUGGAUUUGCAUAUAGAUGA